GCCCCCUUCGCUCGUCCUUCCCCCUUUGCUCAGCUCCACUACCAGGCUGGAGUCCCGGCAGCACGGCGCGCAACACAACACACUGACAGCUGCGACUGACUCACAACCAAGGGGGGAAAGAUGGAGCACAGAGACGCCGACUUCAACAUAAUGCUAGCGACGGAUUCAUACAAGGUAACACAUUACAAACAGUACCCCCCCAACACGAGUAAAGUGUACUCCUACUUCGAGUGCCGUGAGAAGAGGACAGAUUCCACCAAAAGCAGAAAAGUCAAAUAUGACAAAACCGUCUUCUACGGCCUACAGUACAUCCUCCACAAAUACCUAAAAGGAAAGGUAGUGACUCCAGAGAAGAUCCAGGAGGCAAAGGAGGUAUACAGAGAACACUUCCAAGACGAUGUUUUCAACGAGAAGGGAUGGAAUUACAUUUUGGAGAAAUACAAUGGACAUCUGCCUAUUGAAAUCAAGGCAGUGCCAGAGGGGAGCGUCAUUCCUCGAGGCAAUGUUUUGUUCACAGUGGAGAGCACAGACCCUGAAUGCUACUGGCUCACCAACUGGGUGGAGACCAUCCUGGUGCAGAUCUGGUACCCCAUCACAGUGGCGACCAACUCGAGAGAGCAGAAGAAGAUCCUCGCCAAGUACCUCCUAGAAACCUCUGGGAACUUGGAUGGACUAGAGUAUAAACUACAUGACUUCGGCUACAGGGGCGUCUCCUCACAAGAGACUGCAGGUAUCGGGGCCUCCGCCCAUCUGGUCAACUUCAAGGGCACAGACACGGUCGCCGGCAUCGGAGUCAUUAAGAAGUACUACGGCACCAAGGACCCCGUGCCAGGCUUCUCAGUGCCUGCUGCAGAGCACAGUACCAUCACAGCGUGGGGGAAGGACCAUGAGAAAGAUGCCUUUGAGCACAUCAUCAAGCAGUUUCCCAGCGUGCCCGUAUCCAUAGUCAGCGACAGCUACGACAUCUACAACGCCUGUGAGAAGAUCUGGGGCGAAGACCUUCGGGGGCUGAUAGAGUCGCGCAGCGCAGACGCCCCGCUGGUUGUCCGACCAGACUCAGGAAACCCACUUGAUACGGUUUUGAAGGUUUUGGAGAUCCUGGGUAAGAAGUUUGCUCCAGUGGAGAACUCUAAAGGUUUUAAGGUGCUCCCACCUUACAUUAGAGUCAUACAAGGAGAUGGAGUGGAUAUCAACACACUGCAAGAGAUAGUGGAGGGUAUGAAGCAACACAGGUGGUCCAUUGAGAACAUUGCCUUCGGCUCUGGAGGGGCUCUGCUGCAGAAACUGACCAGAGAUCUGCUCAACUGCUCCUUCAAAUGCAGCUAUGUGGUCACUAAUGGCCUCGGGGUGAAUGUUUUCAAGGAUCCAGUGGCAGACCCCAACAAGAGGUCAAAGAAAGGCCGCCUGUCUCUGCACCGGACUCAGAGUGGAGACUUUGUGACCCUGGAAGAGGGCAAGGGCGACCUGGAGGAGUAUGGCGUGGACCUGCUGCACACAGUCUUCCAGAACGGGAAGAUUGUGAAAACGUACACAUUCGACAAAGUCAGAGACAAUGCGAAGCUCAAAGACAGUGAGCUUGAAGAGCUGCUGCACUGAAGCACGGCGCUAUGAAUCCCUUUCCUACCACCCUAUCCUCGAAACUACCCCUCCCUGUCAUCCUCUGAACCCUUCACCUUCUGGCCUCCAACGUCACCCCAAAAUAUGGAGGUAGCGUACACUGCUAAUAGACCCCACACCCGAAGCCUGAAAACUCCCCCAAAAUGUUCCUAAAAUCUUAAAAUUCACAGAAAUUCACCCUCAGCUCAUAGUUCUCCACCGGAGUGGGGAAUGAGAGAUUUGGUAACUCACACACCUCUGAUGAACGGCAAAACACCUCAAUGAGUUUGAAAGGGGGGAAAAAAAGAGAAAGAGAAGAUGUGUGAGAGGUACAGUAAGCGGCAGGAAUGACAGACGUGUAGAGGGAGAGAAGCUGCAGAUUAUGACGAUAAACCAUGCAUUCACAUCCCCGUGCUGCUGCCCCGCCGUCAAAUCCAACUACGACAUGUUGCACUAGGCUGGACAUAUGGCAAGGUAAGAAUGUGUUUGGCUGCUGAUAGGCAAUGUGUCAGCAGACUUUUCCAUGCCGACACACAAAACAAACAAACAAACAAACAAGAUGAUUGUAGGAGUUUCUGGGCGCUGCACGCGGAGUGAAGCCAUGGUGAGUCAAAAGCGAGACAUGUCGUGAAAGAAAGAGAUGAAAUGAGAGAAAUAUGAAGCCACACCCACACCAAUGACCGUGCCCCGUGUAUUGUGUACAGAAGUGUUUAGAAAAAAAACUACAUGUCUGAAUCUACUUAGCUUUGUCUUUUAUGUGAAGAAAAGAAAACGAUGAUCACGGUAUAUAACGGUGCACCGAUAACAUUGACUGACCACGGCUAAUAUUGUAUGUUGCUUCUACUUUGAGACAGAAAAUUAUGAACACUUAACUUAACUAUGUAUUUUACCGUAAUUAUGGGUGAUGAAGGUAUUCUUUUUUUUUUCCAGCUCUCUUACUUUUUAAUCAGUAGUUAUGGCCAAAAUUAUAAAAGGCCAAAAUGUAUCAAGUACUUCCUGAAUAUUUUGUACUCUUACUCUGCCAAAAAAAAAAAAUGUUAUUGGUGCAUCUCUGAAGGUAUAGAAAUGAUCAUCUGCUUGCCAUUAUGUUGCCCGCAGAGCAUUCACAUCAUAAAUGCCCAAUCCACAAUCCAAUCAUACCACAAAAUCAUAAAUAUCGUACAUGGAGGAAAGGUUUUUUCAUUCUCAAAGUGAUGUGAAAAGCUCAAUUUCCACCAAUAAUUUCAGAGUCCUGGAGAAGCCCAUAAUCUUAACAAAACUACUGUAAGUGAGUUAGAAAGAUGAGAUUUUUCUGGUUGACUAGGAAGAGUCAACAUUUUUGGAUUGGGUCUUCAUAGUGGCGAAUGCUCUUGAAACCAGUCUUUGCUGUAUAAGACCAAGAGUUGAUGUAAAAAAAAAAAAAAAAAAAAAAAAAUACA